GGACUCAAACCAUCUCUUGAUCAGAGAUAGACAGAGAUAGAGAGAGGUUUCUCUCUCUGUUCAUGAAUGUUCUGAUAACAAUAGUAGAGAGUCUGAAGUUGCUUCAUUAAAGAGACAGAGAGACCAGAGCAGAGCACUGAUCCCGAUGAGGAUCUUGGCAGCAGCUUUGUGCCUGCAACUGCUGUACUUGAGCUCUUCCUGCUACGGAGAAGUCAAGACAACUGCGGCAGUUAUCGAGGUUGUUGGGUUCGGGGAAUGUGCAGAGUGUCAGAGCACUAAUGUCGAGCCCAGCAAGGCCUUCAAAGGGCUUCAGGUGACGAUUGACUGCAAGAAGGCAAAUGGGGAGAUCAAGAGAAGGGGAGUCGGGGUGCUCAGCAAGCAAGGCAAGUUCACGGUGUCUCUUGGCCAUGAAAUGGUACAAAAUGGCAAGUUGAAGGAAGAGUGCUAUGCCCAGCUUCACAGUGCCUCCGCAGAGCCCUGCCCUGUCCAUGGUUCCUUCGACUCCUCCAAGGUUGUCUUCAAAUCCGUGGAGCAAGGCAAGCACACAUUUGGCUUGGCGGGCAAGCUAAAGUUCUCGCCGGUGACUUGCUCCUCAGCCUUCCUCUGGCCUUUCUUCAUGCACCCACCAUUGCCCAAAUUGCCCCCACUACCAAAGUGGCCACCUUUGCAUAAAGACCACCCUUGGUUUAAGCACUUCCCACACCACCCGAUUUACAAGAAGCCACUCCCACCGCCGGCACCCUAUUACGCUAAGCCUUUCCCACCACCCGUUCCGGUCUAUAAGAAGCCUCUCCCACCACCCGUUCCAGUCUACAAGAAGCCUAAACCACCCCCGGUUCCGGUGUACAAGAAGCCUCUCCCUCCCCCAGCACCCGUAUACAAGAAGCCACCAGUGUACAAGCCUCCUGUAUACAAGAAGCCUCUCCCGCCACCAGCACCCGUAUACAAGAAGCCACCAGUGUACAAGCCUCCUGUAUACAAGAAGCCACUCCCACCUCCCGUCCCAAAAUUCAAGAAGCCCUGUCCCCCAAUCCCGAAGUUCAAGCUGCCACCAAUUCCGGUGUACAAGAAGCCACUUCCACCACCCAUUCCGGUAUAUAAGAAGCCGCUUCCUCCUAUUCCAGUGUACAAGAAGCCACUUCCACCACCCAUUCCGGUAUAUAAGAAGCCGCUUCCUCCUAUUCCAGUGUACAAGAAGCCACUUCCACCACCCAUUCCGGUAUAUAAGAAGCCGCUUCCUCCUAUUCCAGUGUACAAGAAGCCACUUCCACCACCCAUUCCGGUAUAUAAGAAGCCGCUUCCUCCUAUUCCAGUCCACAAGCCUCUGCCUCCGGUCCCCAAGUUUCCGCUCCCGACACCAAUUCCUGUAUAUAAGAAGCCGCUUCCUCCAAUCCCGAAGAUCCCCCCAUUCUAUAAGCCGCCAUGCCCGCCGCUUCCUAAGCAUCCUUCCCUCCCUAAGGUCCCUCCGUACCAUCACCCUUAAGAUAUUAUCCAAACAUAAAUAUUUGCUUUCUGGUGCAAGUAGGAGUGAACUUCUUCGAUCACUUAGCUUAGUGAAGGCUACACUUGGGUUUCGAACAUAAUGGUGUCUGGUGUAAUAAUGCCUUUCAAGCUGGGACAAGUCAGAAUUUGAGUGCAGAGAUCGAAAUUGGAAAUUAGAAAAAAAAAUGUCGUUAUAAUUAAUAUUUAUCUGUAUUAUUGUGGUUGAAACUUAAUUAAUAGAACGUGUGUGCAUGCUUUUGCUAAUUUUAGUGAAUUGGAAGUCAUGCCGAGGUUUCCUA